AUGGACAAAACUGACUACGUUAACAAGGCGAAUACAAUCUUCAGUGACACGGAUUCUUACACCAUUCUCACCGAAGACCCAACGAAAAAGCAAGCCGCAGCCAUCAAGAAAAAAAUUAAUGAGCUUGCUCGUCUAAAAGUCAUAGGUCCAGAUGACUCAAAAUUUAUGACCCUCAGUGAUCCCCAUGUCGCACACGCAUACGGUCCCCCGAAGGUUCACAAAAUUGGUGCCCCACUGAGGAUUAUAGUACCGCUCAUCGGAUCCCCUACCUACAAUUUAGCCAAGUGGCUGUACAAGCAUCUGAAGCCGCUAACUCACGGAUCUCGCUACAGCAUUAACAGCUCCCACGAAUUCCUCAACCGGAUUGACGGCCUCAAUGUAAGCACUGAUGAAUGCUUCUUGUCUUUUGACGUCGUUGCCUUAUUUUCUUCUAUACCGCACGACUUGGCAAUUGACUGCGUAGCCCAACAGCUACAAAACAAUCCUAUUGGUAUCCCAGCGCACCACGUUAUAGAACUGCUCCAACUGUGCCUUAAGAACUAUUGUAAGUUCGACAAGAAGUACUACCAACAGGUGAAGGGAAGUCUAAUGGGCUCCCCAAUAUCCGGUCUACUCGCCGAACUAGUGCUACAGCGACUAGAACAUGAGGUUUUUCAAACUCUCAACCCCAAAAUGUGGCUCCGCUAUGUAGACGACACCUUUGUCGUAACAAAGAACCGCGACGUCGAAAGGCUACAUCGGAGGCUGAAUGAAGUCUUUCCGGCCAUACAAUUUACCCGCGAAGAGGCAGUAGGAGACAGUCUGUCGUUUCUGGACGUGAAAAUACAAAGGCUGGAUGACGGUAACCUCGCAACCAGCGUCCAUAGAAAAGGGUCUGAUUCUGAGAUGAUCCUCAAUUAUGGAAGCAAUCACCCUGCGGCUCACAAAAGAAGUUGCGUCCGAACCCUCUUCCACCGGGCCUACCGGUAUUGCAGCAAUGAAGAUCUGCUGAAAAAUGAACUAGGCUUUCUAUAUCGGCUAUUUCGAUCUAACGGAUACCCAGUCAGUUUCGUGAAGAACUGCCUCAGACGUCAGGCACAACCUCGAGACCCCUCCACAGAUGGAGAAACCGUGACGCGGAAAUUCUUCUCCCUGCCCUAUAUGCAGGGGACCUCAGAAAUGAUCGCCCGUCAGUUAAGUCAGUUCGGUAUUCGCGUUUCCCACAAGCCUGCAUCCUCGCUGCGCACAGUCUUAACUCGAGUAAAGGAUUCUAUCCCCAAAGAGGAACAGACUAACGUCAUUUAUCGCAUCCCGUGUGCCAAUUGUCCCUGCGUAUAUGUUGGUCAUACAGGACGACGCCUGGGAACUCGUAUUAAUGAGCACAAACUAGCUGUCCGUCGCCGUGAUCCACUGUCCCUCGUCUUUGCACACGCACUCCAGUGCGACCACCGUUUUAAUUGGGAUAACACCGAGGUCAUCGCCACGGCCAACACAAAACGGGCGAGAGAAUUCCUAGAGGCAUGGCACUCUAACGCGGAUAGCAUCAACCGCCAUGUUGACCUAGACGUCCAUUAUGAGGGCCUAAGAUCACGCCUCACUAAGCCGAGCCCCACGCCGCAUCAGCAGCCGCUAAUCCAGGCGCCCGCAGUUCUGCCAACCUACCAUUCUCCCUCCCCUCCAACACGGGAGCCGUAA